AAGCACCAGGAAAUCGAUACUGACUUGCCUGGUCUUGGUCAACAUUAUUGCGUUGAGUGUGCACGACACUUUAUUACCGAAACCCACUUGACAGAACAUUUGAAGAGUAAAUUGCACAAGAGAAGACUCAAGAAAUUAGAAGAUGAACCAUAUACUCAAGAAGAGGCUGAUCGUGCUGCUGGUCUCGGUAAGCCAGACAAUGGUAAAAGAGGUGUUCGAGUUACAGUCACACAAGAUGUCACUAUGGAAGACUAA